AUGCAUUUCUCUUCGCUCUUCUGUGGCGCCUCCCUGGCCGCUCUCGCGCUUGCCGCCCCGUCACCUGGCAGAGGACAUUUCCAUCCUGGUCCCCAUCACUACCCAACAACGGCUUACAAGCAUCAUCCCACGACAACGUCUACAGCGCAUCCAACGACGACCAACUACAAUUGCGGCUCUAUCACCCGAGCCUACGCCACUGAAGUUGUCAAGCAGUUCGUCAUCGACCAAAUCGUUCCCGACCUGAUUGAGUUGAACACCCUGGGUACUCCAAGCGUCGUCGUCAAUGUGACCUACGGCAGCAAAGAUGUCAAUCUCGGCACCUACUUCACCACCACGGAAACCUUAGAUCAACCCACCGCCUUUUCCUUCACGGCGGAGGAGGGCUACGAUCCCUACACAACCUUGUACAUGGUCUUCUUGAUCGAUCCUGAUGUACCGCAAGAGGGUUCUCCCACGCAAGUGAACUACGCCCAUUGGAUCUUCUACAACGCGCAGCCCCAGUGCGUCACCAACCAGGCCAUCACCACCGUUGACACAUAUCAAAGCCCCACGCCCGCGAGCACGACGCAGCACCGAUACACCUUUUUGGUCUACCGCCAGCCGCCCGGGUUCACAGUCAGCGCUACUGAAGCCGCGGCGUUGAACAUUCGCACCCCCUUUGACUUGAAUGACUACACUGAGGCCAAUGGGUUGGUGCUAGUGGGCGGCAACUACUUCAACGAGGCCAUUGGCAAUGGAAUCCAGGGUUCUUGA